GAAUUUGGCCGGAGAGGACAUCCUCAAGGGCCUGCUGGCGGUCUCGGAUCGCACCUUUAUGGCGCGGCAUGCAGAGCCCACCGAUGAUAGCUCUUCGCCAUGGUCAUCUUCCAGAUUUUUCUGGUUUGAUGCGGCUAAGUUCAGUUUGUUCCUCUAUUUCGCACUCUACAUCUCCUCGAUCGCUUCCAUGUACUUCCAUAUCUCGAGAGUGGAGCCUGGGGAUGAGAAGCCCACCCCCGGCCACGUCAAAGGCAAAAGCUGUCCCGAAGAUGAGCUUUGGCAGAGCAGGUCUUACCUGAGUUGGGUUUCCGUGAGCUGGCUCAACCCUAUGAUGGCACGCCUGGGCCACUCCUGGGACGGAGCCAUGUCAAAGUGUCAUCCCGAUGAGCUCCCACCUGUAAGCUCAUCGGAGUGGCAGGCAGCUCUGCAGUGUGAACGCUUCCAGACGCUCUGGGAAGAAGAGGUGCAUGAGAACGGGGAAUCGGCGAGCAUCAUGCGAGUGCUUUGCAAGCUUUGGGGCUACCGACAGCUCCUCUGGCUCCACACGUGUGUCUCCGUUCGCGUGGUGAUAGGCAACCUGUAUCGAGUGUACCUCAUCCAGGCAUCUGUGAGCUACUUCUUGUCAUUGAGGGCAGAGGUGCACGGGAAGAACGGCAAUUUUCCAGACAUGACCCAACCGAUCUUGCUUUCCAUCCUUGCCUUCUCAGUACAACCACUCUUGUCCGCUGUACUGUCCUCCUUCGAAGCCAACUUCUCCAUGCAGUUUGACCAGAGCAUUGCCGGAGUGGCCGUGGCUGUUUUCAAGAAGACGCAGCGUUUGCCGGCUUCGGUGCUGAGCCAAGGCAGCCAAGGCAGGGCGCUUGGGAAGGAAGCGAAGCCAAACGCAAUGAUGGUAAUAGACCAUGACGUGUUUGGCAACUUCAGUGGGCUUGCUGUCCAAGUGUCCUUGGCCAUCAAUGCCAGUUUGACGGCUGUCGUGCUACUUGUGCUCCUGGCCGUCAAGCUACGGCUUGCCAUGCUCUUUUGCUUUGCUGUGGUUAUCCCGGCCUUCCUUACCUUGAUGAAACUCACCGGGGCCAUGGAGAGUAACAUGAUGCAUCUCCAGGAGGUGCGGGAUCACCGUGUCUCUUUCCUCCGUGAGGUGUUGAAAGGGAUUCGCACUUGCAAGAUCUACACCUGGGAAAGUGCCGUGGAGGAGGAGAUCUCGACAAUCCGGAAGAAAGAGCUGCAGUUGUUGGGCACCUACUUUCGCCUGACAAGCCACCUCGACGUUCUCUUCGGUCUUUUUCCAAGGUUCAUGACCUGCGCUGGUGUGUGGGGUUUCCUUCGCACCUACGGCGGCAGUGACAUCGCUCUUAUCUUCGGGUGCCUUCAGAUCCUAGCUUUACUGAGGACUGAGAGCGUCGCAGUCUCCGCAGGCAUCCAGCGCAUCGUCGCUGUCCGUACCUCUGUCAUGCGCGUAGAGAGCUUUUUGAAGCAGGAAGAGACCCCCGUGCUUCCGGGAGCCGCCAUCCCUGAGUGGGUGGAGGUAACGAGUGCGAAGCAGAGGUCAGGACAUCAGCCCAUUCUGAAGAUUCAGGGCAGCUACUUCUGUGACAGAGGCAAUACGUCCCUGGCACUGCAUAGCCUCGAUGUGGAGGUGCAAAGGGGUGAGUUGGUGGCGGUCGUUGGUGGCGUAGGCUCGGGGAAGAGCACUUUGCUCGAAGCCGCCCUUGGGGAACUCCAUCCAGUCUCACAAAAGACGGCCUUCUUAUCCAGACCGGAAGUCUGCGGAUACAGUGCCCAAGUACCCCACCUCGCAGAGGGUACCUUGCGGGACAACAUCCUGUUUGGCCAGCCCUAUGAUGAGGCCCGCUACCGGAAAGUGGUGGCUGCUGCGGGCCUGCUACCAGAUCUCAAGUUCCUGCCAGGCCGAGACGAGGCCUUCAUUGGGGCCGGUGGCAUCAGCCUCUCUGGUGGCCAAAGGGCACGCGUGUCCCUGGCGCGGACGGCCUACAAUUUGAACGCUGAGCUCGUGCUUUUGGAUGAUCCUUUCAGCUCGUUGGAUGCACCGACAGCCAUGUGGAUCUUGGAGGAGAUGAACAUGUUGGGUUCGGUGAUCAUGUUUGCUGUGGUGCUGCUCAUCUUCCUGUUUAGCGAUAUCGCAUUGGCCAAUGCCACCAACGCGUUGACAUUGGAUCCACGAGCAGAUACAGGUCCCUACUUCCAAGCCUAUUUGUUCUGGAUCUUUCUGAGCAUCCUCGGGGUGUACUUGGGCUGGAUCUGUGGAGCAUGUUUUUCUCUUUGCCUCUCAAGAAUCAUUCACGACAGGGUGGUGCAACAAUUGCUCCAUGCACCCAUCGAUCGUUUCUUCGACAAGCACCCGGUCGGCCGUAUCAUGAGUUGCUUGACCAUGGACAUGACUGAGAUUGAUCUUUCUUUGUAUCUGAAGGCUGCUACUGGCAUUGUGGUCCUUCUCGAGACGCUGGUGCCGCUUGCGUACGUAAAUUUCAUUAUGCCCCGCUAUAUGUCGUUGGUUGCAAUUCCAUUUUGCUGCAUAGUCUCUGUGCUGCAUUUCCAGUAUCAAAAUACGGGCGUUUCGCUGCGCCGUUGCUUCAAAAAGUGCUCUUCCCUGUUGCAGAGUCACCUGUCAGACGUCAUGACCAAUACGGUUGUAGUACGCGGCUUUGGAGAGCAUCACCGCCUGGCGGCACAGUAUGCUCGCAGCGUGGAUGACCGUUUGAAGAUUCAGCUCACAGGGGAGCGCCUCAUGAAGCGCUGGCUUUGCAAUCGUGUGAACUACAUGUGGACUUUCUACAACUCAAUGACUUACAUCAUCGCCCUCUAUAGCGUUUCAUGGUUAGGCCCUGGAUACCUGGGCAUCGCUCUGACCAACUUGCUGCUGAUCCAGUCUAUGCUUGAACCCAGCAUGGAACUCGUGGCCGGGGCCCUCUUCGAAAUGAUUUCUUUAGCCCGGGUGCAUGAGUACACUUUGGUUGUGCAGGAAAAAGCAUUCUACACUCCCGAGGAUGCCAAGCUUCGCAGCUAUUCUGCACGCUUCGAGGCUUCCCCUCCGCUCACCUUCAGGGAAGCAAAGGGAGAGAUCGAGGUCUUGGCGAACGGGGAGGUCUUCCUGAAUUCCUCCCCUGAUGGGAGGUUGGAUGUACAGGACUUAACCGCGGGCUAUGCAGAAGUACCUCAGGAUAUCCUGAAAGGCGUGACUUUCAGCGUAGAGCCACGCAAGAAAGUGGCAGUAGUCGGCACGACCGGUUGCGGGAAAUCCAGCUUGCUACUGGCCCUUCUGCGCAUCAUUGAGCCACGUGGUGGCAAGAUCCUUAUCAAUUCUGUCGACACUCGACAGAUUGGGCUGGCCACUCUACGCGGCUCGCUCGGCUUGGUGCCGCAAGACCCCAUGCUGUUCACGGGCACGUUGCGUUUCAAUUUGGAUCCAUUCAACGUCUACACUGAUCAGCGCAUCCGGAGUGCCAUACAGCUCGCACAGCUGGAUGCUUGCUUGAAGAAGCUGCCUGGAGGCCUUGACCACGCGGUAUCAGAGGAGGGAGGAAAUCUCAGCUUCGGCCAGCGGCAGCUGCUAUGUCUGAUACGCAUGGUUUUGAGGCAGCCGGCUGUGUUGCUGCUGGAUGAAGCAACCUCUGCAAUCGAUCCGGCCACACAAGAGGCCGUGCAGGAUACCGUCAGCAAAGCUUUCAGUACCUCGACGAUCUUGGCCGUGGCACACCGCUUGGAGACCAUCAUGGAGUUUGACCAGGUUCUCGUGCUUGAAGAGGGCGCAGUGCAGGUGGUCGCAGCCAAGUCUGUUGGCAUCUUCAAGCAUAUGCUGGAGAGUGGAUGA